AUUUGGAUACAUGUCUGUGUCCAUUUAUUGUUGUGCACCACAUUUGGAGUCCAUUCAACUGAAUUUGGAAACGCUGUAACAGAUGACAUCACAAGCAUUUCACUAUUGGUAAGGUCCUCGGAAGUACUUACUUCUUCAAGCCACCAAAACUGCAAAUCAAAGCUCUUUGGCUAAUGCUCUUAUUGUAUUUAGCUGUCUCGAUCCAGUUACUGCCAGUAUGGUGUUUUAUUCUCAACCAGGGAUCCUUUCAAAAUCAACCAUUAGGCUUAUGCGUAACAUUGUCGCAAUGACAGUUGCACACAAUUCAUUUGUAAACUUUAUAUUUUGAUACAUUCAUCCAUUUAGAUUCAGUCAUUGUUUCCUAAUACCACGUAUCCUAAUGGGGAUUGUAAUGAGAGUCUCACACAGUAGGACUUCCUGCAUUAGCAUUAGUGUUGUCACGAUACCAGAAUUUUGACUUUGAUACCGAUACCAGGUUUAAUAUCACGAUACGCGAUACCAUCACGAUACUCGAUACCAAAACAAUACCACGGCAAAAAAGGCGUAUUAGCCAAAGUCACAGAAUGGCACUUGAUCCAGACAGAUAAACUCAGCUACUGCUCUGUUGGAUAGUUGGGCAUCAUUUGAGUUCAAUAUCAUUACAUUUGAAAUUUGAUGUCAACUUUUUUCAGAGACAGCCAUGUAUGCAUUAAUGAAUCAAUUAUAAAAUCAUACAAUUAAUUUGGCUUUGUUUCUACCAAUCUAACUACAUAACGGUAAUAAUUUAUUUGAAUGGUAAAUCUCUAUUGAUAAAAUGGGGAAAUCAAGAUGUAGCCUAGGCGAUCUAUUCACAAUACAGGUGAAUGCAUAUUCAAUAGGACUGUGUGCAUGCAAUGACUUUUGAGCUUGUUUCCGCUGCUUUCAUAAGGCUACAGAUGACAAACAAUCUGUUUCCCUUCCAUUUUCAUAGAAGUAGCAAUCUCUUCUUUUAUAAAAGUGCAUGCUGUCUCUUUAAACCCAGUAAUGACAUCAUUCAUGAUGAGUCACACGCCCACAUAGUCAGUUGAGUUCGGCGAGAAAGAGACGUGACAGACGAAGGGGGAAGGUGUCUUUGGAUGGAGACGAUUAAGUGAAUUAAUAAAGUUUUUGGUGACAAUCAGCUUUGAAAUCAGCAUAUUUUGCGUCAUGGUUUGCAUAUGAUCACAAACAAAGUACUAGGGUAGUGAAUUGAUGUCAGCGUCAUCUGGAAGCUAGCAAGGAAAGUUAGCCUACAAAGCUGGAAGCUUUGCAUUGUAAAGUUUUCUAGCCUGUAUGGACAUUGUUUUGCAAUAAGUAAUUAACUGUUUCAACAAUUCUACAUGCCUUGUUGGAUUAUUCAAGUGUGUUAACUUCUGUGCAGCAUGAGUUGGGAGCCAACAUGUUGCAUGAAUGGUGCGCUCCCGCUAAGGGGACAUCGGCUGCACUGAUAGGCAGACUUGAUCCUCUCAAUCAGUAUACGACAUGAGACACAUUUGAGAGAAGUAACGAAAGUAACAACAAUUCUACUAUAGAACUGUUUUUUAAUGUUCGAGUAUCAAAAAAGUACUGAAGUUUUGAUAUACUGUGUAAUACUAAUUAGCAUUAGUGUAAAUCAGUAGUUUAAUCUCUGAGAUUUGUUCUGGUAACAAACCCAAAUGUUCCCCAAACAUUUCUGGUAAUUUUUUUUGAUAUUGUCUGUUUUUGAACAGAAACAAAAUAUACCUAAAGAUUACAAGAUUCCUGUGACAUACAUUCCGAAAGAAGUGGUGAGAAUUUUUUUUUUCUUAUUCAAUAGCAUGAUUACUCUAUUAUUAUAACUUCAAAUGUUUGUAUUCCUUAGAAAAUAUAUUUGAAUGUCUAUGUUGCCUGACUUUUUUUUUUGAGGAUGGACUAAAAUUUGUAAAUUUCAAAACUGUCCAGUAGCCAUGAUUCUUAUUUCCUGAUUCUUGUUUUCUUUUUCAGGGUGGAAUGUGUUGGGUAUCGCUAAAUGUUUUCCACUUGGAACUCAGUUUACGAGGAUUAGCAGACAAGUUUGGAAACAUUUCGUCCAACAAAUAUAAUAUCAGCAUAUUGAUCGAAAUGCUGAAAGAGACGCGAUAUCACAUGAAGAACUUGGUAUGUUUUGAGCUUUGGUUCUAAUACUAAUAAUGUAACUGCGUUAGCUCCUAUGAUAGAGCAAUACAAGAGACUAGAAUAAAUUAAUAAAACAGGUUUACACAAGUUCUUAGCACAAAUAGCCCAGUGACCACAUCAUCUUACAUCUGAGUUGUCUGCAAUAAUGUCUUGUGAGGACUGGGUCAUCUGUCAGGUAGAGCAGGUAUUCACAAAGGGACCUGGGGAUCUCUCGUAGUCUCAUGAGAGUAAAGCAAUACGUUCAUAAUGUACAGUAGGUGUAAUAAAUUGUUAAAGCAUAUUACUCAUAUUAUUCUGGCUAACUUCGCUCAUAAUCCAAUAGGAAUAAUUAAGUCCCCCUUGUCCUGAAUAAAAAGACAAGAUUGAAGUUACUUAAUUUUGGGCUCAAACAUCCGUCCAGCUGUGUUCUUUGAACUAUUUGCUGCAUGGCUAAAUGAGAGCACCAUUGGGGGACAAAAGUUAAAACUAACGUGUUUUAUGUUUUGAAUUUCACAUCAUUGAGAUUAUUAUUCCCCUUUUGUAUCCUCAGGAGGCGAUCACGUACGAUUUUGAGUGCCACUACAGAGACGAGCAAUGGCAGACAGGACACUAUUUUCAUUUUGUUGAAGAUUUUCUAAAAACGGCCCGUUCGAAUAGAGAUUCGCCAGAAGAAUGUGAUCCACCUCCCUGUCCCACAACAACAAAGGCAGCAACAACUACAAUAACAACACAAUACCCUACAUCA